AAAACGGUGGACCAUUUAAUUUAAUUAUCAAUAGCUUUAUGGAAUGGAGAGUGAGAGAGAGCUUACUUAUUAAAUAAAUAUAAUCAGAUUAAACAACUGAAAAAAAAUUAAUGAACAAACAAAUUAUUAUAAUCAAACCAACUGCAUCCAAUACUAUUCAUUCUUUGCUGCUAAAAAAAGCUUGAUUCGAUUUUUGUUGCCCACUAUGGCUGCUGAAUUGGUUGUUGGUGCUUUGGUCUCUUCUUCACUUGAGUUCUUGUUUGAGAAAUUGGUGUCUGAGCAAAUAUCCCAGCUGUUUCAGGGAAAGAAUAAGCCCAUUCUGAAGCUGCUGGACAAGUUGAACACUAAGCUCUUAUCAGCUAAUGCACUCUUCAAUGAUGCUGAGGAGAAGCAACUUCGAGAUGACAAUGUCAACAAGUGGCUUUUCAAGCUUCAAGAUGUCAUCUAUCAAGCCAAUGACUUGGUGGACAUGAUGGACUAUGAAGCUCUCCGAUCCAAGAUUAAACGUGAUCAACUUGGCAGUCGCGCAACCAAGGUGUUUCACCAACUGAGAUCCAUGCCACCCUUUGUGUUUAACUUUCAAAAAGCUGUACAGAGUGAUGCCACUGAGAUCCUUGUUAAACUAGAUGAUCUUCUUGCUCAAAAGGAUGCUCUUGGCUUGAGAGAAUGUCUCCAAAACAAUUCUACUCAAAGGCCACCUGCUCCUUUAGUCGAAGAAUCAGAUGUUUAUGGGAGGCAUGCUGAAAAGGAAACCAUUGUGGAUCUGUUGCUCAAAGAUGAUAUGGUUGAAGGAGGAAAUGCCAUUUCUGUCAUCCCAAUUGUCGGGAUGGGUGGUGUUGGCAAAACCACACUUGCUCAGCUUGUUUACAACGAUGAUCGAGUUAGAAAACAUUUUGAGCUAAGAGCAUGGAUUACUGUGUCAGAUGAGUUUGAUAUUUCAAAAAUUACAAGAGAGAUCUUUGAGGGGGUCACUUUCAAAAAGUGUGAUAUUGAGAACCCAGACGAAAUUCGAAGAAAAUUGAAGGAAGUAUUGAAGGGGAAGAAGUUUAUGUUUGUUCAUGAUGAUGUUUGGAAUGAGUCCUAUUCUUUGUGGGACACUUUAAAGAGCUGCUUCAAUUCUGGAGCAAAUGGAAGUAAAAUUGUUGUGACUACCCGAAGCGAAAAUGUCGCCUCUACUAUGACCACUGGGAAUAUUCAUCAUCUCCGAAUUUUGUCAAAUGAAGAUUGUUGGCAAUUGUUUGUCAAACAUGCUUUCGGAAACAAUGCUAACCUUCACUUUUACAAAGAUUUGGAGGUAUUGGGUAGAUCAAUAGUAGACAAGUGCAAAGGCCUCCCAUUAGCAAUAAAAUCUCUUGGUGGAUUAUUGCGAUCUGAACGAAAUUCCAGAAAGUGGGAGGACAUACUUAAUAGUGACACAUGGGAGGAGUUGUAUAAGAAAGAGGGCUCCAUUCUUCCAGCUUUAUGGUUGAGCUACCGUCACUUACCUACACGUCUCAAGCAAUGUUUUGCUUAUUGUUCCAUAUUUCCUAAAGAUUAUGAAUUUGGGAGAAAAGAAUUGAUUUUUUUGUGGAUGGCUCAAGGUUUUCUGCCGCUUGAUAAAAAAAGCAAAAAUAUGGAGGAACAUGGGGAGGAAUACCUUGAUGAUCUUUUAUCAAGGUCUUUGUUUCAACAUUCAAAUAAAGAAAAAUCAUUGCUCCAAAUCCAUGACUUGGUACAUGAUUUAGCUAUACUCGUAUCAAAUGAUUUUUGUUUUAGAUUGGAUUUGAGUUAUGAUUUACUUGAACUUUCAACAAAGACACGUCACUUAUCAUAUAUGAAGGACAAAUACGACAAGGACAAAGAAGUUAAGGGAUUGCAUGAAGUGAAGAGCUUGCGUACCUUUCUAGCACUGCCAUUCAAAUCAAACAGGUAUUACUGGAUGAUAAAGUAUGAUAUGUUGCUUACACGUGGAAGUUGUUUAAGAGUUCUUUCUUUUAGUGAAUGUCGACCUAUGAAGAAGCUGCCUCAUUCAAUUGGCAAUCUAAAGCAUUUGAGGUACCUGGACUUGUCUCACACUGGAAUUCAAGAAUUACCUGAUUCUAUUUGUAAUUUGUACAAUUUACAAACUUUAUUGUUAUUUGGGUGUGAACGGCUUCAUGAAUUGCCAAAGAAGAUGGGAAGGUUAAUCAACUUGCGAUAUCUAGAUAUUGAGGGUGUACCCCUGAAAGAGCUUCCCCAAGAACUCAAUACUAUAAAACACUUGUAUUUCUUAUCUGAUGUGAUUUUGAGUAGUGAUAGAAAUAGCACUGGAGGAUUGAAAAUGAAAAAGGUAGGAGAACUUGAGAAUUUACAUAGCAUAUCCGGGUUGGAAAAUAUCAAGGAUGCAGGAGAAGCUUCGGAGGCUAAUUUGAAGGAUAAGAAGUCUCUUUCGAAGCUGAUUUUGAGGUGGAAACAUAAACGUAAUGGUGGUGUGGCUGCUAAUUCACAAAAAGAAAACGAUAUACUUGAUGCACUUCGACCACAUACAAACUUGCAACAUCUUAGUAUUGAAUUUUACAGAGGUACAAUAUUGUCAUACUGGAUUGGGGACUCUGCAUUUUUUAAGUUAGUAUCAAUCAGGUUUGACAACUGUAAUAAUUGUUGUAUCUUACCCCCACUUGGGCAGCUUCCAUUUUUGAAAGAUCUCCUAAUUAGAGGAUGUGAUGGUGUCAUCUCAAUAGGUGAUGAAACACCUCAUGACAGCGGUAUUCUUCUUUUCAGAUGUCUAGAAGAGUUACGUAUUUCAGAUAUGUUGGAGUGGAAAGAUUGGUCAUUUAGUAGUGAAGCUAGGCAACAAGGUCAAAUAUUUCCACUUCUGAAAAAUCUUAGUCUGUAUAGAUGUCCAAAGCUUAAUGUUGGGUUACCGUGUUGUUAUCUUCCAUCCUUAGAAUCUGUAGAAAUCGUUAAAUGUGAACGAAUGGUGGGUUUGGUGCCUAGAACAGGAAGUACUCAACAGACAGUCGAAGGCACAGCUCCCUCUCUUGUCGAGAUAAGUAUACAUUUCUGUCCAGUGUUGGAAUCGCUUCUAGACUGGGGAUCACACUCCAAAGUAAAGAGUCUUACAUUACCCAACUCCAAAAAGCUUAUUGAGAACCAUAAGCAAUGGGAUCUACAGAGACUCUCGUGUUUGAAAUUUUUAAAUAUCAGUGGUUGGGAAGAUGAUACUUUUCCCGAUGACAAAGGGAUCCUUCCAACCACUCUGACUACACUUAUGAUUUUUGAUUGUAGUAAACUUGAAAGCUUAAACAGCAACGCCUUUCAAGAACUCACGUCCCUCACUUAUUUGUAUAUUCGUAAUUGUGAAGGGUUGCGGUGCUUGCCAGAAGAAGGGCUGCCUACAUCUCUUACUCGUUUAAGUAUCAAUGAAUGUCCUUUGUUAAAGCAACGGUGUGAGAAAGAGAAAGGAGAAGAUUGGCCUAAGAUUCAACACAUCAAACAAGUGGAAGUUGAUUGGAAAUGUAUUAAUUAAAUUUUGUGCAUGCUCUACCAAAUGCUAUUAAUUCAAUGUAUCAUAAUUCAAAAAUCAAACUACUUCGUUUUAGUAUUCCCUACUUUUUUUUUUUUUUUUGGUAAUAUUUGGGAUUAAGAAAAUGAAAGAUCUCAGAUUGAU